AUGCCUGAUGACAUACAACGUUUGCUAAGCAAACAUGAAGAACUUCAUGGGUUUCCGGGGAUGUUAGGAAGCAUCGAUUGUAUGCAUUGGUCAUGGAAAAAUUGUCCAAAAUCAUGGCAAGUGCAAUACACUCGUGGUGAUAAAGGACGUCCAACCAUCAUACUUGAAGCGGUUGCGGAAAUAAUUGAGGAUAUGGCUCCCGGCACUUCAUUUACCGUUAACGGGACCGAAUAUAAGAAGGCAUACUACCUUGCUGAUGGCAUUUAUCCAGAGUGGUCUAUGUUUGUGAAGUCGUUCUCAUGCCCGCAAGACGAAAAAAGGAAGAAGUUUAAGAAGUACCAAGAAAGUGCUAGAAAAGAUGUUGAGCGGACAUUCGGAUAUCUUCAAGGUCGAUGGGAGAUACUUCAGGCACCGGCAAAAGCCAUGAGUGUUAAUAAGAUUCGCCGAACCAUGUAUGCGUGUGUUAUAUUGCAUAACAUGAUUGUUGAGGAUUCGGGAAAUGCCAUAACCUCUUACGAAGAGGAUUUCAUUAACAAGCCACGUAACUUACCACGGCGAACAUUCGAGGAGAGGCUAAAGGUGGAUGAGCGGACCAUCAAGGAACUUCGAGACCGACACGUCCACCAUUCUCUAUGUCAUGAUCUCGUCGAGCAUAUUUGGAGUCUUCCUUAA